CUCUCUCCCUUCUCUUAGUAACGCUAAAAACGUUUCCAUUCUCAGACAAAUUAAAAAAUGGCAGAAACGGAGGAUAUUCAGCCCCUUGUUUGUGACAAUGGUACUGGAAUGGUCAAGGCAGGAUUCGCCGGAGACGAUGCUCCAAGAGCUGUGUUUCCCAGCAUUGUGGGACGGCCUCGCCACACAGGUGUGAUGGUGGGGAUGGGACAGAAGGAUGCCUAUGUAGGAGAUGAGGCUCAAUCGAAGAGAGGUAUUUUGACUUUGAAAUACCCGAUCGAGCAUGGCAUUGUUAGCAAUUGGGAUGAUAUGGAGAAGAUCUGGCAUCACACAUUUUACAACGAGCUCCGUGUGGCUCCAGAAGAGCAUCCAGUUCUUCUCACAGAAGCACCCCUUAACCCCAAGGCCAAUCGUGAGAAGAUGACUCAAAUCAUGUUUGAGACAUUCAACACCCCCGCCAUGUACGUUGCCAUUCAGGCCGUCCUUUCUCUGUAUGCCAGUGGACGUACAACUGGUAUUGUUCUUGACUCUGGAGAUGGUGUGAGUCACACAGUUCCUAUAUAUGAAGGGUAUGCACUCCCACACGCCAUCCUUCGUUUGGACCUCGCUGGUCGUGAUCUUACAGAUGCCCUCAUGAAAAUCUUGACGGAACGUGGUUACUCUUUCACCACUACUGCCGAGCGGGAAAUUGUGAGAGACAUGAAGGAGAAAUUAGCGUAUAUUGCUCUAGACUAUGAACAAGAACUAGAGACAUCAAAGACCAGCUCAUCUGUUGAGAAAAGUUAUGAAUUGCCUGAUGGGCAGGUAAUCACAAUUGGUGCUGAAAGAUUCCGAUGCCCUGAAGUCCUCUUCCAGCCAUCCAUGAUUGGGAUGGAAGCUGCUGGUAUCCAUGAAACCACGUACAACUCUAUUAUGAAGUGCGAUGUUGAUAUCAGGAAGGAUCUAUAUGGCAACAUUGUUCUCUCUGGUGGCUCCACUAUGUUCCCUGGAAUUGCUGAUAGGAUGAGCAAAGAAAUUACAGCAUUAGCUCCAAGCAGCAUGAAAAUUAAGGUUGUAGCACCGCCCGAGAGGAAAUACAGUGUCUGGAUAGGAGGCUCCAUCUUGGCAUCCCUCAGCACCUUCCAACAGAUGUGGAUUGCAAAGGCCGAGUAUGAUGAGUCUGGCCCCUCAAUUGUUCACAGGAAAUGCUUCUAAUUGCACAAAGCAAGAGGCGGACAAAGAUUUUACACUAAACAGAUUUUGUAUCACGGAAAGGCUUCGAUUUAAGUGGUUGCAGAAUUUCUGUUCCUAUUCAUUUUUCAUUUUCAUUCAUGUUUAUUUCUCUAUGUCUGUUAUGUUGGGAUGAGCAUGGAGGGAGGCGAGCAAAAUAUGAUCAAUAUUCGAUUAUUUUGUUACUGCUUUGUAGAGGAUUUAUGUAUUGUUACUGAUUUGGGUUUGGUUGAAUCAAAAAUCCCCUUCAAUAUUAUUUAUUCCUUAUGUUUA